AUAACAUUGAAGAGAUUCAACCUUCAAAUGCAGGCACCUAUGUUAACAGGUAACUUUGAUAUCGUUGUUCGAUCGUUCGAUACGUACCUGGUACCUAGGUACUAUGUCUUUAAUACUGCCCCCGACAAUAGUUUUGGUGGGGGGAGUGAUUCCAGUUGGUCGCGACCGGCACUGGUACUAUGUACAGCUACUGAUGCUAUUGCUAUUGUUGCUGCCGAUGACUCCACACCAGCUGUAGGUAUUGUACGAUACAACAGCAUAUACCUGUGAUGUCUGAUUAACUUUCGGACUCGUUACUUUCCAAUCCUCUACCCAAAGUAAAAAAACAAUUCCUCUCUUUUUUCUUUUCUCUUUUACACUUCUAUCUUCUUUUCAUUCAAGUGAAGAAUGCUUUUCACCCAUCUCUCAUAGCUUAUCCAAGUUAUAAUUGACGAAAGGAUGAAUCCGGGAGCUUUCAAUUUCAUACCGGACGAACAUCAAGGUCGAUUUUAUAGUAGAGAGAUGUCGGCAUCUAACGACUCACGGUCCCAGAUACCGUGCCGGUAUUUCCUUCGUGGACAGUGCCGGAAAGGACGCUUCUGCCCCUAUCUGCACGAGGACAAGUCUGUCGUCCAAGAUUCUACACAAAAUACUACAGAUGUUCUUUAUCCUCCCGCACACGAGGAAAUCGCGCGCUCUAUCAAUGGCGGUUUGAUCCGCUUUCGCGCUGGCGCAGUAGUUACGAAGGUGUCUCUACCAACGGACUUCUCUACUCUCCAAAUAAACUACCUUGCUCCCGACAGCACCCGAGAGUCUGUAUUGGCUCUUCUUCAAUCACAAGAUCUCAUCUUACCGACCGAGAUUGAGGUUUGCAUGACCAAUCAAAUAGGUCACUCCAGUGCUCUUGUCAAAGUUGAAGAUCCCGAAUUCGCUAAGCUAGCUAGCAAGGAACUUAGCGAACAUGCUACUUCGGAUCACAUUUGGAUCCUGCCUUUUGUCGCUACUCCCGUAGAGACUCACAUACUAUCGGAUUCCAACAAUCUUCAGGUUGAUUGCAAGAAUAUACAUGUCUCUUGGCCAAAACCUUAUAGGACGGCAUCGCUCAAAUUUGAGUGCAACGAGACUGCCAAACGAGUAAGGACCAUGUUUGUCAAUGGAGGGUACAGAAUCCGAAGGGAAAAAGUGGGGUGUGGGAUGCCGGUGGGCAGUGCGCCGUUGUCCACACCGCAGACCUGGACUCUACGCUUGACCGGAGUGCCGAGCGAGGCAACGGAAUCCGAUGUUUACAAGUCUAUGCUACACGAACGUGAUAAGCCGUCUAGCACUGAAAUUGGAGAGCAUACCUACAUCCCCGAUAAGGAAAUGGGCUCACUCGAAAUCCGAUCUCUAUUCACUUCUAUCGGCCCCCUCGAAUCGUGGGAAUUGACCCCCGAUAUUACCCGUAAACGAAUGAAAGUGAGCGGACGUUUUCAUAACGAGAACGAUGCCAGAGAAGCUACAACAAAACUCAAUCAAUCAGACUUGCCUUUCUACAAGGAUGGCAAACUUUCCGUACGACUAGUUCACACGGCAACUUUUCAAGUUUCUGAGAGCAUCUAUGAGGCUAUUCAAUCCCGCCUCACGUAUAUUUCGAGAAACUGGAGAGCUCCUUUUAUACACCUCACGGUGAAUGGUGAUUCGGACUCUUUUCAAUUCUAUCGUGUGUUGAAGAUUGAGAGUGAACAUGCUGCGUAUUUUAAUGCGGCAAAGAAAAUGAUCACCCAGAUGCUGUCCGCUAGGGUAGCCAAAGAGGAAGACUCUUCCGUGCUUUGGCACCCGGCUCUAUCCAGAGAUGGUCCUCUUUUCGAACAGCUGAAGUUGUUAGGAGCGCAGAUUGGAGUAGGUAUUAUCCGAAACAAGGCCAUGUCACAACUUCGAAUGUACGGACCACGAUCCAAAUGCCGACGAUGCCAGGCAGCGAUUGCUCGUGUGCUGAGUGCAGAGAAAUCUGAGCCCUUUAGCAUCCACCUUAAUACCCCUGAAUUUAAUUGGGUACUUCGAGGAGGCUUGGCAAUAUUGAAGAACGCAAUUGGCUCCGAGAAGAUCAACUUUGAUAUCACGUCAACACCUAAGCGCGUGGGCAUCAUUGGCACAGCUGAUGAUUAUGAUGCUGCAGUUCGCGUCCUGAAAGACCGAGAAGUGGCACGGCAGGAGAAACCUAAUUUGAACGAGAAGGAUUGCUCUGUCUGCUGGUGUCAAGCUGAGAACUCGAUACAAACGCGAUGCGGUCACAUCUACUGCCUGGAUUGCUUCGAAAACCUCUGUAUGACCUCUACCACAAAGGACACGGCUACUCUAAUUCAGUGCGUCGGUGAAUCUGGAAGCUGCUUGAAGACACUAAGCCUAUCGGAACUACAGCAGCAUCUUUCUUCAACCGCAUUCGAGGAAUUACUUGAGCGAUCUUUCGCCUCAUACGUACGACUGAAUCCAGAGUCCCUCAAGUACUGCCCAACAGUGGACUGCGGAUACUUUUACCGCGUCAGCACCACUUCCAAAAUGCGGACUUGCCCUCACUGUCUCGAACAAGUCUGUACUUCGUGCAAUGGUCAACACGGUGCGAUGACCUGCGGUGAUUACAAGGAACUGAUAACUGGAGGAUACAAGGCUUUCCAGAAGCUCAAGAAGAAAAUCGGCAUCAAGGAUUGUCCCAGGUGCAAGACUCCGCUGGAGAAGAUAGAAGGAUGCAACCACAUGACUUGUCGAUGUGGUGCGCAUAUCUGCUGGGUCUGCUUGAAGGUUUUCAGCACGUCCAAUGCUUGCUAUGACCAUAUGAACAAGGUACAUAGGGGAAUUGGACUCUAUCCAAAUCAUUAGGGUUGGAUGAAAGUCAGGUAUUUUGGGGUUUGAGAGGUACUCUGGCGUAAGGGCUAUAGGAUGUGGGAAAUCUGGGCUUUCCCAAUUGUUUGAUAGUGCUGCGGACUGGGUGUGUAGUUUCUGAAAUUAAAUUCACG